CAACGCAUUUUUUUCCAUUUCAAAACCAAAACUUGUUCUCCACGCCCUCUCUCUCUCUUUCUCUCUCUUUAUAUAUAACACAUCUUUGCCUUCAAGAAACUCACUUCUUCUCAUUAUCUCAUAACCAACCAACACAAAGUUAAUAAUACUUGAAAAACUCUUCAAUGGCUCGCUUUUACGCUAUGCAAGUUGUUCUAUUACUGAUUAUCUUUGGUUCCUUUUGUUCAUCUAUAGAAGGAAGACAACUACAUAUUCGUUCAGAAAAACUCAACAACAAGAAAGUGAAUAAACCAUCUUCAACGGACAGUUUGUUUCUCGCUUCACUCCCUAAGGGUACUGUGCCUUCUUCAGCACCAAGCAAGAGAGGUAACUCUGUUGAAGUUGACGAGAAGCUCGUUGCGCGUCAUCUCAUAAGUAAUGAACCUGAAGUUAGGAUUCUUCUGCGAUCUGUUCCUAGUCCUGGUGCCGGUCAUUGAUUUUUUUAGUUCAUAUAGAUCACACAUUGUUUCAUUUGUUUAGAUUUCUGAUUUUUUUUAUAGAUUAUUUAUAUGUAUAGGGAUAGAUGAAUUGUAUAAAGAGAGUUUAAUGUUAGCAUAUAUGUCUCUGCAUUAUUGGUUUAGGGGAUUAUUUGAUAUCAUAUUGUAGUUAGAUUUAUAAUUAUUGAGGGAUAAAUUAGUUUAUAUAGGAAUGAAUGAAUGACAUGUUUGUUUUCCACUUGACCAA